GAUGCCCAGGCAGCACAGCAGCUGCAAUAUGGAGGCGCAGUGGGCACUGUGGGCCGCCUCAGCAUCACUGUGGUACAGGCAAAGCUGGCAAAGAACUAUGGAAUGACACGUAUGGACCCCUACUGCCGCCUGCGCCUGGGCUAUGCCGUGUAUGAGACGCCCACAGCUCACAACGGUGCCAAGAACCCUCGAUGGAACAAAGUCAUUCAGUGCACAGUGCCCCCAGGUGUGGAUUCGUUCUACCUGGAGAUCUUCGAUGAGCGAGCCUUCUCCAUGGAUGACCGCAUCGCCUGGACUCACAUCACGAUCCCUGAAGCCCUGAAACAGGGCCAGGUGGAGGACGAGUGGUACAGCUUGAGCGGGAGGCAGGGUGACGACAAGGAGGGCAUGAUCAACCUGGUCAUGUCCUACACGUCGCUGCCCGCUGCCAUGAUGAUGCCGCCCCAGCCUGUGGUCCUGAUGCCAACUGUGUACCAGCAGGGUGUUGGCUACGUGCCCAUUGCAGCCCCCCCAGAGUGAUGGCAUUAUAGCUGCACACCACCUUGCCUGGCAGCUUCUUUCCCCCGCCCCCACGUUUGGAUUGCCAGGUGAGUGAGUUUUCAUCAAAUCUGGGAUAGGCAGCUAAUAGGCAUCACAUGGUUCGGGGAGGGGCUUGACCCUGACGGGAAAAAUGGCUGCGGUGCAUGGAAAGGUGUGUAACUACUUGGACUGUGUUGUUCUCGUGGUGAACAGGGGAAUAGCUUAGUGGACCUUGGUCUGCUGCUGGGUUUCUAAAUGUCCUGGAGGAGGGGGGUUGUUAUGCUCUGCUUCUGCUGGUGGCCUGGGCAAAGCCGUGGGCCGAGGGGUCAGGCCGUAAGUGUGGGGCGGGUCUGUGUGCCUGCCAGGAGCGGUGACAUUGCAUCACGGUCAGGCAGAGAGGGCAGGCAGCGCCCACCACACAGUCUGUUUAGGGGAAAAUGACCUUGUCUGAUUUUCCUAAUUCUCUGGGCUGCUAUGUUGCUUCUUUUUUUCACACAGCGCGGAGAGAAUUGAUUAAAGGUUGAUUCCCACUGCCUGCCCAGCAGGGUCUCUGAUAAAAACUCCAGCUGAACUCAGAUCCUCCCGCUUGCUGGGGACUGUAGCUCCUGCUGUGGCCACACGUGAAUGUUUCUGCCUGUGCCCUCCCCCACCUCCCUUUCUCCGCAUGCCCUGAGUGCCUGCCCUGGCCCACGGCUCCACAGAGCUGGUAUCACAGCUCCCUUGGGUGUGUGCAGUGCUGAAGGAGGAAGUGAGUGCCCUGAGAAGCCAUGAACACAAAGCUAAGGAUGCAUCCACUCGGUGCCCUCCCUGUCCCGGUAUGGGUCAGGAAGGAGCGCAGAACAGGCCAAGUUGUCACAGCUUCCAUGCAUGUAAAUGGCCAACAUCAAAACCACUUUGGUGCCUCCGUGAGCAGCGUGUCACCAUGUCCCUUGCAAGGAGAAUUCACAGCCAGUGCAUUUGAAGCUAAACUGCACACACUGUUUAUAAGGUAGAAAUGUUUCUAUUUAAGGUGGCUUAGCUGCUCUAGAGACGCUGUUCGGGCUGUGUCACUUGCUCGGAUGGGGUGCUGCCCAGGAGUCCAGGGGAGUGGCAGUCACCACUGUCCAGAGGCUCCUGGGCCUGACUUCUGGGGCUGCUGGGGCUCAGGGGGCCCAUGCGCUCGAGGUUCAGGUGGUCAGUUGGAAUUGGCGAGAGGGACUCAGCAUUCCAACAGUCCUCCACAGGGAUUGGGGGCUCACUGUCCAGUAGGGGGCUUUUGUUUACCUGUUGUGCAGAUGGCUCCUCAUCUUCACUGUCCCCAACUUCCACCACCUGACUCACUGCUGCCUGAUUUGGUGAGAGUUUCUGAACUGGCCCAGUGAAAUGAGGGAGGCCUCCUGCCAUGGCCCAUGAGGAAGAGAGCUUGUGGCACCUGGCUUGGGAACAGGAAGGGCUCCUGUGGACCUGCCUUCCACUCCCAGAAGUUCCUAGAGGCACGGGUGACGUUGGAGGUGUGAUGACAGAACUUCUGUGUGGCCUCCAACAUUGUGCUAUUUUCCGGGGUGGACCUGGAUGAGGGCAGCACCAUUAUCCCCUGGAGGCCUAGUCCUGAAGCUUGUGAUCUGGUUCUGUGAUGAGCAGUCCUGACUCCUGCUUGCUACUGGGGUCAUGGGCACCGGCCAGGAGGCAUCUGUGGUAUUGUCCUCUUGAGGCUGCUCUCAGCCCAGAGGCCCGUGUGCCAUCCACAGCAUUCUGAUUCUCUAACUGACCCUCCCCACUCUUGAGCUGCAGCUGAGCCCCUCCCUGGGGGGCUCUGAGAAUGCUCUUGAUCUGCAUCAACAUCAGUGACUGAAAACCGAGGACUUGUGGCUGACUUCUGGAACAUUCCUUCUGCUGAAGGACCAUUAGAAACCAACUUUGUUUUGGUCUGUUCUAGCUCCAGCUCUUCAUCUGAAUCCAGUAAAAGGAUGAUCUUGUUCUGUGUGCUCCUGUGGGAGGGAGGGUCCUGGGACCUGGUACUCGAGGGGUCAGGUAAUGAUUGCGUCAGGUCCCCGGGUAGAGACUUUUCUGAGGAAAUCAGGACACCCUUAAUUUUGCGUUCCAAAACCGAAUGAUACCCUCUGCCUUUCCAGUCGCCUGGCUCCUUAAGUACUGUGAGAAUGCCACUAUCCUGCUUUGAUGGUAAGAGCUGGAGACGGUGAGCUGGGGGAGGACACCAUGGAGACACUGUAUGACUGGGUCAUGCCUGGGGACGAAUCACUUGUGUGUUGAAGAUGAAGCUGUGAUCGGAGGCCAAAGUGGGGUUAUGUCUCGAGAUGCCAUAGCUGGCCUGAAGGUAGGAGAACUAGGCCUAAUCAAAUGAUUUUCCCCCAGAAUUUUGUAGAAUUGCUCCCGACGGGGACAUCUAGAUAAAAGCUGUAACACCUGCCCAGGCUGGCAAAUACUGGGAGGGGAGAAGCCUGGCUGCAUUGGCACGUGUUUUCUGGUGUAUUGGUGUGGACACAGCACCACAUCUGUGUGUGAGGCUGCCUAGGUCCCAGGCAGGCAGCACCUGGACUGUUGUCCUCUGUAACAGUGGGACAGUGGCCUGUUCUCACCUGACCCUGCCAUGGUUUCCCUUGUCCUUGAUAGUGCCACAGUCUGCGCCUGUGAAGUGUGGCGACAGCCUGUCUGAGGGUGGAUAGGUGUUAGGGGCACAGGAAAGUGUUUGGCGGGGGCUGGGCCUGGAGGGCAGGAGAUGUUGGCUUUCUGCACUUUCUUCUGGGGCAGUCGCCUUGGUUCAUCUGAUGUUGGAGACUGCAUUCAGCCUCAUUUCCGAUCUUCUGAAUGUAGUGAUUUCCCAACCGAUGGCUCUGCCUCACAGUCCGGUGGGCCUAGUCCAGAGGAUGUUCAUGCUUUAAAGUUUAAAGAAGUAAGGGCAUUGUCAGCCCGUAUAGCCCUUCGGAGAGGAUGUGCGUGGCAAUUCCGAGUGUGGCCACUCGGUGUCACCAGCACUUCCUGUCCCCAACCUGUCUUCCAGUCUAAGCAGUUUAUACGUUCCGCAGGCCCAACCUGCGAGGCCCCUCUGUGAACUCUGCCUUCACUCUGUCACCUCUUCCCUGUGAUUGUGAAAUAGGCUCAAGUGAGGUUUGAAAGACCUGACUUGCAUUUGGGAUGGAGAAAGGCAUCCGGAGAGGGCAUCACACAGCAGGAGCCCAGCCUCACCUGCCUGUGGUGGGCUUUUGGAGGCUGCCAGCUUCGUGUCCCUGCAGGGUUCCUUCUCGUAAAGCUUGGGAUGGCCUCUCUCCUUGAGGAGGCUAGAAAGUGCCAUUCCUUCCUGCAGCUCGAGCCAGCCUGCUCUUCGUGUCUGAUAUUUUCACCAAAGUUCCUCUUGU